AUGACGACAGUUAGGACUUUCUUAGCAGUUGCAGCUGUAAAACAUUGGGAGGUGCAUCAGAUGGAUAUUAGUGUGCUUACUUACGUGGAUGAUAUGAUUAUCGCAGGAAAUAAUAAAGUUGCACUUGAGAGCUUUAAGGCAUACUUGAAAACUGGAUUGUUAGGUGCAAAGCAUGUUGAUUCUCCGAUGGAGCAAAAUCAUAAACUGGCCUUGGCAGAAGGAAAGGAGUUGGCAGACGGAGAAAAGUAUCGCCAUUUGAUUGGUCGUCUGAUCUACUUAGUAGUGACGAGACCAGAUUUGGAUACUCCGUACAUAUUCUGUCACAGUUUAUGCAGAACAAAAAAGAGGAACAUUGGGAAGCAACUUGCGAGUUGUAAGUUAGAAGGUUGGUGUGAUUCAGACUGGGCAAGUUGUCCGAUAACUCGUCGUUUGCUGACUGGUUGGGUCGUGUUGCUUGAUUUUUCCCCUGUGUCGUGGAAGACCAAGAAACAACAUACUGUUUCUCGUUCCUCUGCAGAAGCAGAAUACCGUUCGAUGGUGCCCGUUCGUGGAGGUUUUAUCUCAUGCUCUUAUUCGGUCGAGGAGCCUUCCGAAUCUGGCCGAGGACUAACUUCGAGUGGGCUUCAGAGCUACGUUGUCGAGGGAGGUCCCGGGGGGGCUUCGCGGCUACAUUGUCGAGGGAGGUCCGCUUCCAGCCAUGUCGUCGAGGAAGGUCCCAGGUGGGCUCCGCGGCUAUGCUGUUGA